AUGGAAGCUCCGCCAGUAUUACCUUCACUUGACAAUGAAUUAAGGAAAUACCUACUUUGUCCUGAAAAUUUACCAAUACAUCAAUAUGAAAGAAAUCAAAAAUUCUGGUCGCGGGAUCCCAAUCCCAAAGAACUUUUAUAUUUCGAGGGAUCACCAUUAACAACUACUUUACAAGUCCAAAGGGAUCGCAAUACUGGUCAAGUCAUAGGCUUUAGAGAAAUUUCUUUGCAAUCGGCAGGAGCCACUGCUAAAAAUUCUAUGUCGUUAAAUAGAGCCCCAGCGCCCCCAUCUGAAGCAACUAGAGGCAGUGCUUCUUUUAUGCCUUUUUGGCCUGGAAGCUUUCCUUUGCCAAAAUUUGAGGAUAAAGAAGACACUGUUCCAGAGAGUGAAACUUUACUGACAGUUCCACCAGGUUUUGAUAGAGGUUUAACCUUUGGAAAAGAUGGAGUGACACUUUCUAAUGAAGACGGAAAAAUUGAAAAAGAAAUAAAAAAUGAAUCACCAAAUGUUAUAAAUCUAAUGGAAAUUGUUCAAAAAGAGCAAGAUUUGUUAGGAGUUUUUGAAUCUGAAUAUGUUCUAUCAGCCAAAGAAACAAAAAAUAAUGAAGUCACUUUACCUGAGGAAGAAGAAAUAUUACCUAAAGAUGCUCCAGUGCUAAAUAUAAGCAGUACUGCAUCGAAAAAUCUUGCCAAUACAAGUGAAUGGGCCGUAUUGCUUGAUACUACUAAACCAGUAACAAAUUUUAAAGAAAAAAUUCCCGAAAUGGCUAUGGAAUUUCCUUUUGAAUUAGAUAUUUUUCAAAAACUUGCCAUACUGCAGUUAGAGCAACACAAUCAUGUUUUUGUGGCUGCACACACAUCAGCUGGAAAGACAGUGGUAGCUGAAUAUGCAAUAGCUCUUUCCCAAAGACAUAUGACAAAAACAAUAUACACAUCUCCAAUUAAAGCUCUGUCAAAUCAGAAAUAUAGGGAUUUCAAAGAAAAGUUCCAAGAUGUCGGCCUUAUCACAGGAGAUUUUCAAAUUAACCAAAAAGCAUCUUGCCUUAUCAUGACCACUGAAAUUUUGAGAUCUAUGUUAUAUUGUGGUAGUGAUAUCACCAGGGAUCUAGAAUAUGUUAUUUUUGAUGAAGUACAUUAUAUUAAUGACAGAGAACGAGGUCAUGUGUGGGAACAAGUCUUAAUAAUGCUUCCAGCACAAGUAUGUGUAGUUCUUCUAAGUGCCACUGUUCCAAAUACCAUGGAAUUUGCAGAUUGGUUGGGUAAUACCCACCAAAGAAAAGUUUAUGUUAUUACUACUUAUCAAAGACCUAUUCCCUUGCAACAUUAUUUGUAUACAGGAAAAGGGGGAAGCACUAGAGACAAUAGAUUCAUGAUAUUAAAUGCUGAAACUUGGAUUCAAAAUGGAUAUGCAAAGGCCAAGGAAUCAAUUAAACCGGAUUCCCAGAUGAAUAUGUAUCAAAAAAUGACCCCAGCUCAAGACAAAACGCUUUGGUCGGGACUAGUAAGUCAUUUAAAGAAAAACAAUUUGUUGCCGGUGGUAGCAUUCACUUUUUCCCGACAGAAAUGUGACAACAACGCUACGAAUUUAACGAACUUAGAUUUAACAACGCAGAAAGAGAAGGCGCAUAUUACUUUGUCUUUUAAUAGAUGGAUAAGGUGUCUUAAGGAACCUGAUCAGAAUAUACCUCAAAUUAUGAAGAUGAAGGAUAUUUUAGCUAGAGGAAUAGGUGUGCAUCAUAGUGGCAUUUUACCAAUUAUUAAAGAAAUCGUUGAAAUGCUUUUCCAAGAAGGCUAUAUAAAGCUUCUCUUCGCUACUGAAACAUUUGCUAUGGGUGUUAACAUGCCAGCACGUACUGUAGUUUUUGAUUCCGUAAGAAAACAUGACGGCAAAGAAAUGAGAGAUCUUGAAUCGGCGGAAUACAUACAAAUGGCAGGUCGUGCAGGUAGGCGUGGCUUGGAUAAGGAGGGAACCGUCAUUAUUUUGUGCAAACAAGGCGCUCCCAAUGAAUAUAACCUCAAAAAGAUGAUGUUGGGAAAACCUAGUUCAUUAGUUAGCCAGUUUAGGCUUACUUAUGGAAUGGUAUUAAGUUUGCUUAGGGUAGAAAGUUUGAGUGUUGAGGCUAUGAUGUCCAGAAGUUUUCUAGAAAUCGAUCAUCAAAAGGGUAUGAAUGAUAUAAGAAAAAAAUUGGAAAGUUUAGAAGAAGAAAUGCGAGAUUUAUCUAGACAGCAAAUAAGUACUUAUCUCAUACCAUUGGUUAAAUACUAUGAGACAGCUAGUGCCUAUUUGAACGCAAGAAAAAAUAUAAUGGAUAGUGUAUUGUCUCAUCCCAAAGUCCAAAAAACCUUAACUCCUGGUAGAUUAUUAAUAAUAACCCACAAACACCACAAAAAUAAAUUAGCACUGUUAUUGAACCCUGUUAGAGGAAAACAAGUUACUUAUAAAGUGCUAGUGUUGAAUGACAAUUCAAUAGAAAAAAUGACUGACACAAAGGAUGAUUUGUGGUAUUAUAUGCUGGCAUUGACAGAAGAAAAAUUAUAUAGUCCAAUGGCAGCACCUGGACACGAAAUUUUGAUUAUAACGGGAGAAGAUAUUUUUGAAAUAUCUGGUAAAAGCAUAAAGGUUAAUACAGAAUUGGUUAUAAAAGAUGUUGAGAAACGUCAAAUCGAGAGAUUUAAGUAUGAUCCACCAGGCCAAACUUGCACAGAAGCAGUUCAAGAACUACAUAAACUGACAAUGCUAGUCAAUAAUGAUACAAACAAAUUGGAAUUUUUGCACUACAUCAUAGAUUUAAAAGUAAACGACCAAGAAUUAUACAUAUUUUUGCAAAAAAUGUACGAUCUGAAGGACAAAUUAAUUGAUCAUUUACCAAGUACGAAAAUACCGAAUUUCGAGCAACAAUUUUCUACAGUGUUUACCAGAAAGUUUUUAGAAGAAAAGAAAAAAGAUUUAGAAUUUCAAUUAUCGAAUGCUAGCUUAUGUCUCUAUCCCGAUUAUGAAAACAGAAUAGAACUGCUAAGAAGACUGAAUUAUGUAGAUACUCAAAAUAGAAUUCAACUUAAAGGCUACGUGGCUUGUGAAAUAGGAAUGAAUGAAUUACUUAUUACAGAAUUGAUACUUAGAAAUAUUUUGUCCAAAUUAAGAGCUCCAGAAGUGGCAGCUCUACUAUCAGUUUUAGUUUUUAGAGUGAGAGUCCAAAAUGAAACUUUUGAUGAUGAAGGUUUAACUCCAGAUUUAAAAAAGGCAAUUAAAGAAAUAAAAGAGGUCCAUAAGGAAAUUGAGACAGAGGAGUUACGCUUAGGUAUUCAGACUGAUGAAUAUCAGCAAGAAUUGAAUUUUGGUUUGGUCCAUGUAGUAUACGAAUGGGCUACUAAUCAGCCAUUUGCAGACAUAAUGAAACUAACAGACAUUCAAGAAGGAAUAAUAGUAAGAUGCAUACAGCAAUUAAAUGAAACCAUUAUGGACGUAAAAGAUGCUGCCAGAAUAGUGGGAGACCCAGAGCUAAAAAAUAAAAUGGAGGAAGCAUCUACCGCUAUAAAACGAGACAUAGUUUUUGCUGCCAGUCUCUAUACUCUUGGAGAUACAAUGUAA